GUGCUUUCCUGAUACCCUUUGCCGUAAUGCUUGUUCUGGAAGGGAUACCUCUUUUCCUGAUUGAACUGGGUAUUGGACAACGAAUGCGGCUGGGAUCCAUGGGCGUCUGGAACACAAUACACCCUUGGCUGGGAGGAAUUGGCAUUGCUAGUGGAAUAGUCACGUUCUUGAUCUCGUUGUACUAUAACGUCAUCAUCACCUGGUGCUUCUAUUACCUGUUCAACUCAUUUCAGAGUCCUUUGCCCUGGGCAUCCUGUCCUGUAAUCAAUGGCACAGAAAUUGCUGAGUGUGCAAAAUCCUCUGAGACAGCUUAUUUCUGGUACCGAACAACACUCGACGCGUCACCAGCGAUUGAUGACCCACAGGGCCUGAAAUGGUGGAUUGUAGUCCUCCUCCUAUUGGCCUGGACCAUAGUCUUCUGCAUAGUCAUGAAAGGCAUUCAAUCUUCUGGGAAGGUUGUCUAUUUCACAUCCCUGUUCCCAUAUAUAGUCCUUACAAUCUUCUUCAUAAGAGGAUUAACAUUAGAAGGUGCUAAAGCAGGAAUAAUCCAUAUGUAUACACCAAAGGUUGAAAAGCUUCUUGAUCCAACUGUGUGGCUUGAUGCAGCUACACAAGUAUUUUAUUCAUUUGGGUUGGCUUUUGGAUCGCUCAUAGCUUUUGGCAGUUACAAUCCGCCAAAAAAUAACUGUGUUCGUGAUGUUAUUCUUGUUUCUAUUGCAAAUGCAUGUACUGCUAUUUAUGCCAGUGUGGUCAUCUUCUCAAUUCUUGGUUUCAAAGCCAUGACUAUUGUACAUAAAUGUAUUGAUGGGAACACAGAAAAACUAUUGCAUUUUGGUUUCAAUGUAUCAAAAGAUGAUUAUGAAGACUUCAUGAACAACUUUGGAAAUAAUGACACUAUAAAAGCAUUGCAGCUAGAAGACUGCAGCUUGGAAAAGCAGCUAGAUGAGGCUGCAGAGGGUACAGGUCUCGCCUUCAUAGUCUUCACAAAGGCUAUUGUUGAGCUGCCAUUCUCACCUUUCUGGUCUCUAAUUUUCUUCAUGAUGCUGCUGGCCUUGGGCCUUGGUUCGCAGAUUGGCAUUCUUGAGGGAAUGCUUUGCACAAUUUUUGACAUUGAAAUACUGAAGAGGGUGCGAAAACAGUACAUAACAGCUGCUGUCUGUAUUGUGUGCUUCUUUGUGGGUCUCAUCUUUUGCUCUGGUGCUGGAGAGUAUUGGCUCAAGCUGUUUGACUCAUUUGGAGGCACUAUUGGACUUGUACUUGUUGCUUUACUUGAAACAGUUGCAGUUAUGUAUGUUUAUGGACAUGAAAAGUUCACUAAGGAUAUUGAGGACAUGACAGGAUACAGACCAGGAAUUUACUGGCAGAUAACGUGGAGACUACUUGGUCCACUACUGAUGACAGUAAUUCUUGUGACAUCAGUGAUUUUCAUGAUAAUUAAUAAACCAAAAUACCAUGCAUGGAAUGCAGAACUGGGAAAAACUGUUGCGACAGAUUACCCUGAUUGGGUAAUGGGAAUAGCUAUAUGUAUGGUUGUUGCUGGAAUUCUUCCAAUGCCAAUUGUAUUUAUUCUGAGGAGAUGUCAGUGCUUGAAGCUAGAUGUAAACAUUCACCAAGGUUCUAUCAGAAGAAUUGAGACAACAGUUUCUACGAAAGAAAUGAUGGGAGAUGUUGAUUUUGAUGAAUAUCAUGAUAUACCCCAAGAUGGUUCCGAUUUUGUUGAUGAUGACGAUGAUGAUGAGCCCCCAAAUAUGGGAUCUUUGAAACAACAGAAGAGAGAAUUUGCCAUGGAAGUAAUGGACUAAGUAAUUGUGCUCAAUUAGUGUUAGUGAAUACGGACUUUGUGAAAUGGGCCAGUGAAAUGCAAGCUCAAAAUGAAAGAAAUGAGUUUUAAAGCAUACAAUGGCCGACAUACUGCCACAUACAUUAUGAACAGAGCAACAAUAAAUGGCACCAUGAAUCUCAUUAUGUAGAUCAUAAACUACCAUUGUCUAUAAAUAUUGUACAUAGUGUUUACCUAAGUUUUUAUUAUUUUGAGUGAUCCUUUGACAUUUUUCAUAUGUUUCAUAAUGAUUUUUGUAGUUUUUAACCUAAUAAGCAGCCUUCAUUGAAUCAGUGUGUGAUAAACAGCCCAUUGGUUCAAAUAUCACUCAUUAUGGGUAACAGCUGCAACAACCCGGUGAGAAUUCAUGAAAAGUACUAUUUUAUUAUGUCACAAAAAAGAGGACAUAGUGUCUCAAAUUCAAAAUGAAGCCAAAAUUGUUGAACAUGGCUAAUAAGUGAAUGUUAUCUUGAGAUAUUGUUGACAGUUCCCUUUAACUUAUCAUGUCUUUUUUCAUGGCUGUUUACAGAUUUUUAUUAAAGAUUUAGUACUGUAUAAUUCCUUCUGACACUUGUAGCAUCCUUUUUUAAUUUUUGUGAUUCUUAUUUUUACCUUGAGGGCACAAACUGUGUAAAAAAGGACUCUAGAUUAUAUUUUGUAACAUAAUGAGAACUACUAAUAAUUGUAUAUA